GUAAUGACUCAGCCUUCUGAUGUGCUCGGAACAUUGGCCCUGCAACCUUGAAAUUGUUCGUUGAUGUAGCCAAGUCUUUGCAGUGAGAGGCCUAUGGGAGAUUUAUGAAGAGACAGCAUGCUAAGGAGAAGAAACUGGUAAAGAAAAAAGAUGACCCAUACAGAAGAGAGAGGACAACCAAUUCAAAUAACUCUUUAAGGAGGCAAGAGGAAUUUACUGACUGACAAUGGCACAAAAAAUCUUAGAGAAGUUAGAUGUUCUGGAUGAGCAAGCAAAGAUACUCUUGGCCAGAAGAAUAAAGAAAAACUAUCUUCAGAGUCACAUAAAGGAAAAGACUUUAGUUACACCCUUGACAUUUGAUUAUCAGUCGGAAUUUGAAGAGGCUAUUAUUGCUACAUCCACAUCUAAGACAGUAUCAGAGAGUACAGAAAACAAGUCACAUGGUAUUAAAAAAACAAAAAGGUAUGUCUCCUUCAAAAAUGAGCCUAAACCUAGAAAGAGUGAUUUUGAAAAGUUAAAUUUAGGACCACACUUUGUACCAACAAAUAUAAAAAAUCAAGAAAGCAAGUCAAUAGCUCACACUGAAGAAAAAACUAAGGAAUCAUUUGAUUUGGUUGGUCACUUAGAAGAUUGUGUAAAUGAAAGAAGAAUUUCUCCACAGAUGAAUGAUUUUAAUACAAAUUCUGUUAGAAAUGAUCAGUUAAGUGAGUAUUGUUCAGGAGAAAAGAAAAGCUUGCUCCCCUUAUGCUUUGAGGAUGAAUUGAAAAGGCCAAAUGCCAAGAUAACCAACAUUAGUCCGGCAAAAACAGUAACUUCUCACAUGGAACAAAAUGACACAAAUCCCAUAAUUUUCCAUGAGACUGGAUAUGUCCAAACGUUACUUUUGACAAAAAAAAGGCUUCUUCCCCAUCCUAUGGAGAAUAGAAAUACUUCCCCAUAUGAAAGAGUAAAUUUUGUUUUAGAAAGAAAUAAUGAAAUCCUCAAAUCUUUAAUUAAUGAUAAAUUUAUUACUGCUUCAAAACCCAAAAGAACUAUGCCUACAGCAUGGAGGAAAGGUGUGCAAGGAAUGUCUCUUAAAGUGGGCCAUAGGGUUGUAGAGAAUAAACUAAAGAAGAAAACUAGCAUGCAGACAUUUGAAAAUGUGUCUUGGAAUAAACCCUAUAAAUUCUCAGAGACUUUUUCCAGCCUAACUAAAAAAUGUGUAGGUUUCCUUGAUAAAACUGUUACUCAAGAAAUGAGUGCUAAAAACGGUAAAUUUGAAAGCAUGUUAUCUACAGUAAAACCAAUGAGCAAAUUCAGUGCCUCACCUGUCAAAUAUUGCUCAAAGCCUUUAAAAAAUGUGCUCAAAAUCUAUAAAUUAGAUACUGUAACACCACUGGAUGAUUUGUUAUACUUGUCAAGUGGAAAUUAAAAGCCUCAUAAAAUAUUGUUUAUUCAGCAAUAUUUGGGUAUCAAGAAGCAGAUAACAAAAUUCCAAGAUCAUAGAUGAAAUUCUUAUCUAUAGUAAUGUUCUUAUGGAUGGUAUAAGAAAGCAAACAUAACAAUUGGAGUUACAAAUCCACAGUAGUCUGUUUAAGAAAAAACAAAAUUUUUACUAAAUAAGAAGACAAAAUUAGGAAAUAAUUAUCAAGAGGAACUAGCUCAUUUCUGUUAUCUCAAUUAGAUUCCUCAAAUCAGUAGCAUUCCGGCAAUAAAGUAUGAUGUGGACCAAGAAUGUCAUGGACUGAUUCUGGAAAUUCACUUUUGGAAGCUAAAUAAUGUUAAUAACCUUGCUCUAUAAUUGAAUAUAAAAUUAGACAAAUGUACCAUUAACUUGAUGCAUGUGGAAUUAAUCAUAUCAGUAUUUUGGAUAAUCAUUGGAAAAUAGUAUCACUUUAGCAAUUCAUGUAAUUUAAAAGGCUUUGUAAAAUUUCAGAUAGCUUUUUGUUAGUAAAUGUUAGAACUUCAUUACUAUUAUAUGUAAUGCCUUUUCCAAGUAUAACUUUUUAAAAGUAUAACUUUUAUCUGAAUUGUUAAAUAAUUUAAAAGAAUAACUUAUCCUUCAUAAGCUAAAUAAUUUUGGUAACAAAUCCUAUAAAGUAUUGAAUAUUUUAAGUAUAUUAUUACAUUGCCAUUUCACUGUUUAUAUGCAUGAACUUGGGCAAAUAAGGUAAACUAUCUGGGCCUCAGUUUACUGUAUCCCCUCCUUAAGAUGGGGAGAGAACUUUAUUACAGUAUUAUGUUUUAUAGGAUUUAAAAAAUGUGGCGUACCUUGAGUGUGAUAAGCAUUCGUUAAAGAUUCCUUUCCUAUUCCCACCUUUUCCACUGCUCUUAAUGUAAGUAUAACUUCUUAAAAGAUGUUCCCUUAAGUUUCUUACUUCAGUCUUUUCUAAAUUAAAUGAUAAACCUAACUACAGUGUUUGGACCGUAACCUAAAAAUAGUUUCAAAUUAGAAGUAGGGAUUUUUGUAUUAUUUAUUUUUGAAAGUUUCUGCUGGAGCUUGUGCCUUCAGGAAGACAUUCAAACAACUUAAAAAUGCCAUUUGGCUGAGGAUUCUUCAUUAAAACAGCUGGACAGCUGGGAGCAGUGGAUUCUGGGAAGAUGGUAACCUAAACUCAGCACCUUUCUCUUCUACUCUCAGCUUAACUAUGUCAGCCCCUAAACCAAACAGCUACUAGGAUCUUCAAACAGUGGGGUGCAAGGUUAGAUGUGGUUUCUAUUCUGAUGAUGAAAUCUGACUAUGGCCCUGGAGAAAAGUCUCUGAGUCACAAGGGAUUGGUUGAGGUUGUGCUCUGUCUUAGGCUACCGUGUUUCCCCCAA